GUCAGCCUGUAACGUGUCAGCAGGCUGUCACCACACCGGUGUCACUCCACCCGUCGGCUGUUGCUGUUAACACAUCGCUACCCCAGCUGACCUCAACGGUAUCUCGGUAAAAUGGCCAAAAAGCGGAGAGAAAGCCGAGAGAGCGACGGUUUGUCCCCGGCACAGGAGGAGGUGAAGGCGAACGUUGGUGCCUCAGUAGGACCGAAAGAUGUGCAUCAUGCUGAAGGGGGCUCAGCACGCAUGUCUCUGCUGAUUCUUGUGUCUAUCUUCGCCUGCUCUGCCUCGGUCAUGUAUCUGGUCUACAGGAACUUUCCAGAGCUUCCUGAUGACGAAAUGGAGAAGAUCAAGAUCCCUAAAGACAUGGAUGAUGCCAAAGCUUUGGGAACUGUGCUGUCCAAGUACAAAGACACAUACUACUCCCAAGUGCUGGUGGCCUACUUUGCAACAUAUGUUUUCCUCCAGACAUUUGCAAUCCCUGGAUCUAUCUUCCUCAGCAUCCUGUCUGGAUAUCUUUACCCCUUCCCCCUGGCUCUUUUCUUAGUCUGCUUGUGCUCUGGCCUUGGUGCUUCCUUCUGCUAUAUGCUCUCUUAUCUGGUGGGCAGACCCGUGGUCUACAAAUAUCUAACAGAGAGAGCACAGAAAUGGUCCCAGCAGGUUGACAAACAUAGGGAUCAUUUAAUUAAUUACAUCAUCUUCCUGAGGAUAACCCCCUUUCUUCCCAACUGGUUCAUCAACAUCACGUCGCCUGUCAUCAAUGUGCCUUUGGGGGUUUUCUUCAUCGGUACCUUUCUCGGAGUGGCGCCGCCAUCCUUUGUAGCGAUCAAUGCCGGUACAACACUGUACAAACUGACCACAGCUGGUGAGGCCGUGUCCUGGAACUCUCUGGCUGUGCUCGGUGUACUCGCCGUGCUCUCGAUCUUGCCCGUCUGCUUCCAGAAAAAGCUGCAGAAGAAACUCGAGUAGAACAUUGAACACCUCGGCACCUCAUCUGCUGGCUGAUCCCAGCACCCCCUUACCCUCGGCUCAGGAACGUGCAGCUGUCACUCAAGUUGCUCUGCCUCAGUCUCAUACACAGCUGCUGGUGGGAGAAUCUCCGACCGCUGGCAGAAUAAGCACUCAUUGACCACAACAUGCAUGCAGUGGUGGGUUGUUCCUGAUGUUAAGUGUAAACUGACCGCUGCUUGCACAAGAUAUUUGGGUUCUGUGAGUUACGUUGUUCAUUGUGGCACAUCUUGUAAAUAAGAGAAAUUGAGUUUUUGUUUUUAUUUAAGUCUCUGCUCAUUAUUUUAUGAUUUUUGCCAGACAUUAAAGGUCCAGUGUGUAGGAUUCAGGGGGAUGUAUAGGCAGAAAUUUAAUAUAAAAUAAUGCGUAUGUUUUCUUAGUGUAUAAUCACCUGCAAAUGAGAAUGGUUGUGUUGUCAUUACCUUGGAAUGAGCUGUUUAUAUCUACAUAAGGAGCAGGUCCUUGACUCCAGAGUUUGCCAUGUUGCUCUGCUAUGUUUUUUGCCCAGAUUAGACAAACCAAACACUGGCUCUGGAUAGGCCCAUUGCAUUCUUGCAUCGGCCAUAGUAGUUAGCAGCCCCUCUGUGACCAGCAGCAUCGGAAAACCAGCAUUUUCUUAAUGUGAAACUGCUUUAUUCAGUGUUUUUGUUAGUUUUAAUCACCUGGUCCAUUUGUUUUGGAGAGAAAGAGACCCAUGCAAAUAAUUUGGCUCCUGGUAAAGACUUCCUGAACUAUGAACAGACGGAUUUCUAAUCAGGAUAAGUUUCAGCUGGUUGCAACUUGUGAUCCUCACCACUAGAUGCCACUAAAUCCCCCUAAAUCUUACACACUGGACCUUUAAAGGUGCUACUUGCAGGAUGUUUGAGAAAAACUCAUCAUUCUGGGGAAGUUUUUCUCUUUUCUUGCUAAAAAAAAAUAUGCUAAAACCUGUCAUCAGUAUGUUGUUAAGACCAUCGCUAACAUGUUUGUUUUUUUAAAUUAUUGGAACAUUUACUAUUAAAUUUGCUUUGGCAGCAGCUUAUCAAUUACCCUUUUUACACUGAGAUCGUGCUAUAGCUAUAUGGCUACAAAGAUAUAUGCUACAGUCCCUUCUCUAUGCCUCCUUUGCCUUUUUACACAGAACCAAACGGCAGCAUUAUGCCUCCUCAGCAUGUGAUUUUAGAUAGCAUGCCUGCAUCGUGGAACUGAAAGAGGUGUGGCGGUGACGUUUAACACAACAGGGUCGGGCUCUCGUGUGACAAAUAACGUGUGUCGACAGGGCUUUAUAAUAACCAUUGACCGUCUCUGUUAUAUGGCUGAUCUCAUCUUCUCAAUGAGGGUAAUGUCAUUGUUUUCCCAAUUUGCUGACAAUUACACCCGCUGUUCUUCUAUGAGUUAGCCGCUAACUGCUAUUAGCUACUUUUUAAAUCUCUUGGUAGUGGGUCGCACACAUAACACGUUGUCAAAAUGUCACACACGUCUUGUCCAUGGUCCUUUUUGGCACUGUAACUAUCUCCCAUGGCGGCUUAAAGGUGAGACAACUCUGUCCUCCCAUUCUGCGAUUGUACCAUAUAUGCUGAAUGGUGAGGGGGCAUAACGGUGUUAUAUUCCCACCUUGAACAGGCAGUGUAAAAGGGGCUAAUAUCUUAAUCCUGUUUGUAGCACCUUUAACUUCCACUCCCUUUUUUAAACUUUAUUUUAACAUGCUUGUGUCUAAUGUCGCCCUAAUGAAGUGAACCACCACAGCAAUAACUCACACUACUGUUGAAAAUGGAUUUUAGUUUAUAAAACGCCUGUUUUGAUGCCAGGUGCUCGCCUUGGCAAACGUAUACAAUGUGAUGAAAGAAUGAAACUGUGGAGAAGACAAACUGUAAUGACUGAUCUUAGUAAGUGCUACUUUUGUUGGCAUGUGAGUGAGUUCUUAUGUUCUUCCUUGAAAGGUGCCUGGAUCCACUGCCACACACAUUUCACCCAUUUCUGUUCAUAUUUGUAGCCACUGUAACUUGUAAAGACUAAGCUGAUGUAAUAAUUACUCAAAAGACUUACAGGAUUGCAGGAUGCCGAACUCCACAAUAUUUGUAUUUGUAACUAAGAAGUGAACAUUGAUCAUGUCAACACAACUGAUUUCUGUGUGGUAAGAUGGAUGCAACCCAGGAAAAGCCCAACAGAAUCAUCUUGGUUUGUAAAUUAAAAAAAAAAAAAAAAGAGAGAUGGGUUCUCCAGUUUUGCGUACGUUGGUGAAAAUGUGUCUCCACUCCAUCAUAUUGUUUGCUAUGCCACUGUAAAAAUGGAGAGUUUCAUACCAUGGAUGAUACACCAGUGCCCUCAAUAAGACUGCCAAUGGACCGAGGUAUCCAGGCCUUACCUUGCUUUUUACUGCUUCCACUCUUCACCAGGAGAAAUAUAUUAUGAUGCCUGAUUCAUGUUUUUAGUGUUCUUUGAAUAGUUCUCACUAAUUUUCAUGUCCUGUGCUAUAGAAGCUAAAUUUUUAUUUAGAUGUUUUUAUUUAAUCGUUAUUAUUAUUUGCUUGUGUACCAUAGUAAUUUAUUUCUGCUGCUUAAAAACACUGGACGGUUGCGAGAGACAGUGAUGCAGUGAAUGUACAUGUGGUUAACUUUUCUUAAAUCUCUUAAUAUCAGAUUUAAAGAGGCAGAUGGUUUGGUGCAUUUUCCACUUUUUCCUUUGAUGUCUUAUUAUUCAGCAGAUUUACUGUGUACCACUGUAUGAUUAUUAACCUCUCUAAUUCAGAUUUGAAAUGACCACAAAAGCAUCAAUUUAUGUGAAACUUGGAUUGUUUUACUAUAUUAGGAUACUUGUGUCUUUGCAUUUUCUACCUUGUGUAGCAGGAUGCUUCCUCCUCCAAAGACUGUGGGGUUGUUUUUACGGUAUAUGAUAGUACUGUAUAUGAGAGAGCUGCAUUUGUACACCUAAGGUACAGCACCUGAGAUGAUGUCUUGGUAAAUACAUCUUCACUUAGGUGGUUGAAUCAAGUGAAUCAAAUCAAGCUCCAAAAGUCUUAUUUUUGUCUUAAUAUUUAAAUGGAAGCUUGAUAAACUUCCUGGGAGUUCUCCAUGAAGCUAAAAUUGCCAAGACAUAAUUUUUCCCCCUAUGUGCUACAAUAUUUAGACCUAAACCUAUUCUAAACGUCAUGCUACAGAUAUACUCAAAUUGAAUACAUUAUUGCUUUAUUGUCCUAUUACCCUAUCAAAGAUGUAGUGAGAUAACGUGUGUAACCCUCUGUUGACAUUUCAAAAAGCAGUAUUAUUUUGUACUGAGCAGUGAUGUAUUGCAGUAUGAAGUGUUUGCAGAUUGCACAUUUCUGUCCUAUCUAAUCAUUUUUUAAUAUAUUUAUUGAAUCAUUAAAAUUAUCUUUACAGAAUA